AUGGACCCCGACUCAGAAUAUUUUGUGUUCCUGGACCGGAUCCUGGAGGAACUCGACGUUAAGCGGAACACCAUGUCCUACCAGAAUCUGUGCAAGUAUCUGUGUGCUCGUUUUGAUCUGGUGCACUUAGCCAAGCUCCGCAGCCUGCUGUUCUACAUGGCUUGCCUGGAUCCCGCCUUCCCAGCCACUCUCUUCAAGGACAAGAUGCGCUGCUCCAUGGAGGACCCACAGUCCAAGAAGCUCAUGGUGGCUGCAGACAUUGUUACCAUGUUUAACUUGAUCCAGAUGAAUGGAGGAAUAGCCAAAGACAAGCUCCCCAUGAUGCACAGAGCCAAAUUUCACAAGAACCAAUCGGUGGAGCUGUGUACGUCUGACAAUGAUGCCUUUAAGCAUCAAAACUGUGACAGAGGUAUUAGUUAUGAGCACAUGGAUGAGUCCAGGGACGGACACCAUCACCAUCAUCAUCACCAUCGCUCCCAGCAGCACCCUGUGGCUCAGAGUGCUCCUCCCUGUUCCAAAUCAGCUGAGUGCAACAACCGCCAGCAGUUUAUUCCCACCUCAGACCCCAAUUUCCUUCUGGGCAUCAGCAAAGACCUGUCAUGUAGAGCAGCCUCUCUGGACAAACUGCAUCACCUGCCCCAGUACUCUGGCACCAGUCCACCUUCACCACCUUGUGAAAUGCAGAGCACCUAUUUUCCCAUGGACAUAGACAGUGAGUCUGCUAUCGAACAGGAGUCCCUGCAGCACAUUGGCCAUCCAGAGCCCUUUUCUGUUCACUCCUGCAUCCAGAAGAGGAACAUUUUUAAGGAGGACUUUCACAGCUUUGCAUCCUUCUCACCACAGGUCGUCACCACUGAGGGCAAACAGGGCAGUAAGGCUGCAGACGGCUACCAUAGAAGGGAGAUGCACAAGCCUGCUACCUUUUUCAACCAUAGCUUCGAACUGCCCUACAGUAAUCCCUACUUUGAACCGACACUCAACUCUCCACUUCAAGACAGACAGAGGGUGAAGCACGAGAGCCUGGACGACUUACAGGCAUCUACAUACUUCGGUCCAACCACAGUCUCUGAUUGCAUCAGCAGCAGAAAGCACAGUAACAAAGCAGGGAAACAGUCGGCGUGGCCCGUGAAGAGCCUCAGUCUUAACACAGAAGAGGGGCCUCCAGACUUUGAGAGGCCUUUUUUGGACAACAAACCACUCAAAGAAAACCACCAUUGCAACAUCAGCAUAAUUGACACUGAUAGUGGGCAGCAUUUUCACAGCCCAAAGGAAAAGGUUGUAGCUUCUCCUGGCUUUGCAAAGAAAAGUAAUGGAAUUAAAACAAAGGAAAUAACUCUGAUGGCAAGUGGACCUGCAGUUAUGGAAAAAAGAGAGGCAACCAAAAUGUUUAGGGACAAAAAAAUGAGUGCUGCAUCCUUUCAAAGAGGGGACAGUUCCUCGAGUGUUGGGACUCAAACAGAACAGGCCGAACAGAAGAAGGUGAAGCAAUAUCCAUCUAAGUAUAGUGACAGAGAAAGACAUGCCUUCAAACACUCCGAUGAGGACUCUGAGAUGAUUAGUGAUGACAUAAGUGACAUUUUUCGUUUUCUGGAUGAUAUGAGUGUUUGUGACUCUUUGGGCAUUGUCCAGUCAUCAUGUUACAACAGUAACGGGUCUCUCUCUCAGGUAACGCUUAAGUCUGAAGGUGACAGCUCCCCUGACCGUAACACAAUCAAACUAGCCAAGGUCCAGCUGGAUCGCCUUUUCCAUUCACUAGAAAACACAGAUGAUGAGCUCAAAUCAAGUGUGUGUAAGCUGGUGAUGAGAAUUGGCGAGAUUGAAAAGAAACUGGAGUCUCUGUCGGGGGUUCGAAGUGAGAUCUCCCAGGUACUUUCAAAGCUCAACAAGCUGGAUGAGAAGAUCCAGGAGCCUGAGUCCAAUGGGAGGCAAGGGGAUACAGCAUCAGCAUCCGGGUCCAAUGCAACCCCAGAUAAGUCCCACCCACAUCCACAUUCUGACAUCACCCUCUCACCUCAAAUUUUCCAAUGCCACACCACUGGUCACAAUGUCAAAAUGGACAGUGGCCAUGUUGGGGAGUGGUGCUGCACAGAUGGGUGUAAUAGCAACAGCCUCAGGAUGAAAGCUCUGAAGAAGAGCAUGUUCACCAGAAGGUCGUCCCGCUCACUGAACGAGGAGAACAGUGCCACUGAGUCAAAGGUUGCCAGCAUCACCAACUCUCCACGGGACUGGAGGACUGUGUCCUACUCCUGCCACCCUGGAGACGAGGGCAGGGAUAAAGACAGAGACCGAGACUGCAAGGACAGACAUCGAAAAGUCAAAGAGCGAGAGCGUCAAUAUCAGCUCCCCCAGGUGCAACGUCCCCCAAAACCACCAAAGGAGUCCUACCUGGUUGAACAAGUUUUUUCACCGCACCCCUUCACUCCCACCAUCAAGGCCCAUGUGAAAGGCAGCCCCCUGUACACUGAUCUGAGGCUCACCAGCCUUUCAGAUGGCAAGCGCUGUCAACCAUCCUGGACCAUUGAGGAGUAUAAACGCAAGCCAGGAGAGAAGGGAAAGCAGCUUACAGCUCUGGACCUGCAGACCCAGGAGUCCCUUAAUCCCAACAACCUGGAGUACUGGAUGGAGGACAUCUACACACCAGGCUAUGAUUCACUGCUCAAGAGGAAAGAGGCAGAAUUCAGGAGGGCUAAGGUGUGUAAGAUUGGAGCACUGAUUGCAGCUGCUACCUGCACUGUAAUCCUCGUCAUUGUUGUACCAAUUUGCACCAUGAAAUCAUGA